GUAUUCGACUUAGCCUGCGGGCUCGCGCCAAACCCAAAACCUCGACAAUACCAACCGCACUUCCGGAAGCCCCACUGAGGUCGCAGGCAUUCAAUUUGUAUACAUGUGCAGCAGUGAAUGAUAUAGAACCACAUGCGCUAAGGCGCUGGCGUUGGUAACGCUCGCCGUGGAAGCGCGAGGCAGCAGCUGCGCGAGAGGUGAGUCAGGCCGCCCAGCGACACCCCGCCGAGCCUCCGCGCCCUGGUGACCUUAGCGCGGGGCUGCCCAGUGCCAGCUACGCCGCCGGCCGCGGCACAGCACCAGCUGCAGCAGCGCACACGGCGCCGGUGCCGAUGACCCAGGGAGCAGGAGCGCCACCAGUAACUCACCAGCUGCCACAGGCGGCAGCAGCAACCGCACGGAUUGCAGCCCCACCUCCGUUUGCACCGGAUGAGGGCAGCAAUCCCCGCCGCAUGUACUCCGCGCCGCCGGCGCUGCCGCUAGCCGGGGAGGAGCAUUCCUCCGGCCGGGGCAGCACUCCCACGGAGCAGCGCGCGCCCUACGAAGACGAUCCGGCCUUUCAGGGGGUGAUCAUCGGCAGCAGCGACGCCUCAUCAGGCCCCAGCGCCGGCCCCGCCGGCCCCUCAUCAACUUCCGCGCUAGCCGCGCUUCCACCGCCCCCGCCACACCUUCCCGCCUUAUAUGGGUUUGGUGCCGCCGCCGCCGCCGCCGGCGGACUGCUGGAAGCGCCCGCCGCGGCAGCGGCAGCAGCAGCGGCAGCGACAGGAGGAGCGGCUGCGCCGCGGCCGCCCAGUCCGGACCGCCUGAUUAUCGGCUACUACUACCACCACGACCUCUACCGUGGCAGCGACGAGCUGCAGCGCAACCAGCGGCCGGGCGGUGCGGCGGCGGUGGCGCCAGGGCCGGCAUGGCCGGCGUGGGGCUUCGGCGGGCAGCAAGGGCGCGGGACGGCGCGGGGCCGCGGCGGGGGCUCAUCAGGCGGCGCGUAUGUGGAGGAUGCGGCGGUGCCGCUGCUGCAUGGGAUGGGCGCGGAGGCGGCGGAGCCGGCAGGGCCUAUUGGCGGCGGCGGCGGGGGGUUAGGUGGCGGCUGGGGCCGGGCGGCAGGGGCGCUGCCGGGCGCCGGCACGCACCUGCUGCGGCACCACCUGCAGGGGCUGCGGCAGCAGUACGGCACGGGGACGUACGGCGGCGGCGGUGGCGGAGGUGGUGCUGAGAGUGGCGACGGCGGCGGGGCGCUGAGCCGGUGGCGGUCCGAGCUGGACGCGCCGCUGAGCCAGGCUCGCCGCCGCUGCCUGCGCGACAUCUUCCUGCUGCUGUCCGCGUCGCUGGCCGCCGCCGCCGUCCUGGGCGCCGCCGCGCUGGCCUCGCCGGUUGCCGUGCACCCCGGCGGCGGCGGCAGCCGUGACGGCGGCGAUUUUGAUGUAGCCAACCUGCGGGACCUGUUCAGCGAUGCCAUUGCGGGGCUGGGGCAGCUGUUGGCGCUGCCCUGGGUGCUGCCGCUGGCGGCGGUGCUGUCGGCGGGCACACUGUUGGCGCUGGCGCUGUCGGAGGCCACACGGCGGCGCCACCCCACCAACGCCUGGGCCGCAUUUGGAGCCUUCACCGCGGGCCAGGCGCUGCUUGUGGGCUGUCUCACCGUGCGCCUGCCCUCCUGCCUGCUCACCACCGCCUACGGCCUGGCAGCGCUGGGCACCGCCGCCGUCGCCGCGCGGGCACACCACCUGCUGCGUGACGGCUUCGCCGCCGCCGCCACCGCCGCCGCCGCGCGGGCCGCGGCGCGGCAGCGCCGCCAGCUGCACCACCAGCAGCUGCUUCGCGAGCUGGCGGCGGGCGGCGAGGGCGGCGGCGUGGGUGGCACCGGAAGCACGGGUGGCGGUGGGCUGGCAAGUGCGGUCGGUGGCAGCAGUGGUGUCGCGAUCCCGGGUGCGGCAGUGGCGCUGCCGUCUGGGGUGGAGGAGGGGGCGCUUGCGGCGGCGGAGGACCUGGCGGGAGCGGAGGAGACCGGUCACGACAUGGGUGUGGGCGAGGCCGUGCUGUGUGCGGCGGGGGGCGUGCUGAUGGGCUGGGGCGCCAUCGCGCUCGCGGGCAUAAUCUUGGCGGCGGCGGCGACACACGGCAGCGGCAGCAGCGCCACCGCCGCCAAUGACGUCAUCAUUGCGGCGAGUGGCGUUGGAGGCGGCGGAGCGGGAGGAGGUCGCGGCGGCUCAGUGCACUGCGCGGCGGCGGUGCCGGCGGCGGCGGUCGUGGCCAUGGCCUUCUGCGCCUUUGCCGUGGCUGACGUGUUUGCGCUGGUGGGCGGCUACCACGCGUACGGUGUACGGCUGCAACCGCUAGAGCCGCCGCCGCAGCCGUACACGGUGCACACGGCGCCGCACACGAGCGCGUACACGGCACAGCACCCGCAUGCGGCGCGCGUGCCCGGCGCCGACCCGUUCGCUGUGGGAGGGUGGAGAGGGGGAGUCGGAGCUGGUGGUGGAGGCGGCGGAGGUCGUUCGGGGCGGUGGGCGGAGGCGGCGUAUGCGGCGCUGGGCGUGUACCUGGACCCGCUGUGUCUGGCGCUGUACGGGCUGCACCACCUGCAGGUGCGGCUCAUGCACCGCCGCAGCCGCAGCCGUGCCAGGUCGGCAGCAGAGGCGGGGGCGGAGGUGGCGGAGGCGGAGGGUUCAAGGGCAGGGCCGGGGGCAAACUCUGGGCCGGCGGCGGGGGCGGGGGCGGCGGCGGGGGCGGCGCCCAUGAAGCGCCAGGGCGUGUAGCGCCACUGCAAGUAGGGCAUGACGGGCGGGUGCUGCGAUGGCGACGUGUUGCAUAGCGAUUUUGUGUUGCUUGGCAAGUGGCUGUUUUGUUGUUGGGUUGCAAGAUUGUCGCUGUCCGGCACUCAGGGCUAUUGCCGGGAUUGAGAACAGUCCUUGAAGGUUGAGAGGACCGGGGCCCCAAGUAACUGGGUAGCGCAGUAUGUUCCGCGUCGUUGCUGGUGCAGUUGAAUCAGGGGAGUUGCAUGGCGUCUCUAAAGACCUGUAACCCGCUUGCACG